UGUAAAAGUUUUUUUUUCAGUAUAAAUUAUGUAUCAUAGAUUAAAACUCUAUGAUUCGUAGUUACUGAAACUAAUAGAAAAGGACGCAUAUUGUAUGUAGUUACAAAUUAUUAAAAUUAUUUUUAUGUUUAUUCGUUUAAGUAAAAUUUAAAAAUACAUCACAACAAAGAAAUUUGUAAUGGAUGGAAAUAAAAUGUCUGAAGAGAACCACACAGAGCAAGACAAGACUGAUAUAUUACUUGAUGAAACUGAUGUUAGUGAGCAAACGGAAGCACUAGUGGAACCAGUUAUUGAGAAUAAUACUGAAAAGUAUCUAAUAUAUGGAGUGAACGAUGCACCACCUAUUCAUAUAACAAUCAUCUGCGCAUUACAGCAAUCGCUGCUAUCCCUAUCAGGUCAGCUGAUAGUGUCACUGCUGGUGGCAGAAGCAGUAUGUGCCUCAGACAAUAAUGUGUUCAAGGCAAAACUCCUCAGCUCCACACUGUUCAUGAGUGGUAUUACAACAGUAGCCAUGAACCUCUUUGGUAUCAGGCUACCUUUAUACCAAGGUGCAUCAGCAUCAUACAUUAUACCGCUUUUACUGGUGGCCAACACUGAUGGCAAUUUCUGUACUUCAGAGUCAGAAAAUCUUCUCUACAAUGCGACAGAUAACACUACUUCACAGGACUUUCCAAUGGAGAAAAUUUUAUUCAACGUUCGUGCAUUGCAAGGUAGUUUGAUGAUUGCGGGUGUUAUUCACGCCUUUCUUGGCUUCACCGGUAUUGUUGGCCUCUUGUUAAAGUUUGUUGGGCCUCUAACAAUCGUUCCAGCACUGGUUCUGAUUUUUAUAUUCAUUGUCAAACCCGUUCUUAAAUUUGUGGAAGUGCAUUGGGGAAUUGCAAUGUCCACGGUCAUUGUGGCCGUAAUUCUAUUCCUCUAUCUGUCAAAAUACAACAUGCCUGUGCCGAUAUGGACUCCCUCUGGAGGUUACAGGGUCAUACGUUAUCCGGUACAUCAAGUAUUUGCAAUUCUUAUAUCAAUCUGUAUUAACUGGAUAAUCUGUGCAAUCCUAACAAAGUUUGACGUCAUACCUAAUAACCCUGAUAAUCCUGGUUUUAAUGCUCGAACUGACGCACGUGCUGACAUCAUUCUGAACAAUCCUUGGGUUUCUGUCCCCUACCCAGGCCAGUAUGGUGCAUUUGGCUUCAGUGCAGCAGCCUUCUUGUCCUUCAUGAUUGCAACUGUCAUGUCAAUAUUGGAUUCGAUUGGAGAUUACUACGCAUGCGCAAAAGUAGCCCGCGUGCCAGCGCCACCAAAACAUGCGGUAAAUCGAGGAAUUUUGAUUGAGGGCGUUUGCAGUUUUCUUUCAGGAUCUGUGGGGUGUGGCCAUGCAACGUCAACAUACGGGGGGAACAUUGGGGCGAUUGGAGUCACAAAGGUGGCAAGCCGUCGGGUAUUUAUAUGCACUGGCAUAUUCUACAUUUUGUUUGGUAUAUUUGGCAAGUUUUCAGCAGUGUUCAUUACUAUUCCAUACCCAGUUCUUGGUGGAGCAAUAGUUGUUAUGUUUGGAAUAUUCUUUGGGGUUGUUAUUUCAAACCUUGAGGUGACGAAUAUGUCAUCCCCCAGAAACAUGGCUAUCAUUGGCUUGUCUAUAUUCAUAGGCCUGGCUGUACCUACAUGGGCACAGAAAGAAUCAUCUCCAGUAUCUACAGGUUAUGAACAAUUCGAUAAGAUUAUGUCAAUGCUGCUAGGUAACCCUAACUUGACUGGAACAUUGAUAGCUUGUUUCCUAGACAACACGGUACCAGGGUCGCUAGAAGAUAGAGGUAUAGCAACCUGGCAAGUCACAGAUGAUGACGAGGAUGGUGUGGUAGAUAAAACAAAAUACAAUGAAGGCUAUGAUGUAUAUACUCCACUCCUUCCCCAACGUCUCCUCAGGUCAAGGAUAAUGAGGUUUAUACCGUUUCUCCCGUAUAGAAAAACAAAAUUAAACCAUAACGGGGUUUGAUAAUGUUAGACUGUGUGCAACAGUGUUUAUAUUUGUAACUGUUGUUGUAUUGGUAUAUUACACAUUACUAGAAUAUAGAAUUAAAAAAACACACUGUUUCGACUUCAUGACAUCUGACAUAUCAGACUUGCUGGGAAGUGAGAAGUGCUAUGAUUCUAAAGAUUCUAUAAUGUUUGGCUUAUUUCUACCUAAACACUGUGAAUAUUUUCUUUAAUGCCCAUAAAUAAAACCACAAUGAAAAGCG